AUGUUGCUGUCUAAGGGCGUGCCGGUGCUCCAAGUGAGACUCAGCCAUCUCUUAUUAACAGCGGCAAUAGCUGGUCUUUUAUUUCAAGCUACAAAACCUUACCGACAGGGCCGGACCUUUACGUUUGAUGUGGAGGACACAACCCCAGCAGGGAAUCACUUACCGGAGGAAGAAUAUCUCGAAAGGUUGAUUGACCACUAUGGACUUGCCAACUUUACGAAAUGGCAAGCUUGGAGGGUACAAUCCUCGGAACAGACCUUGGACUUGAGUCCAAUUACGGAUAUUCACGCAAACUUUCAGCCUCACUGGGAUACCCCCAAGACUAUCGACUUGAGCAACCCGACCUCGGCGGAUUUGCGUGCGGCAAAGAGAAUGGAGCUUCCCAUUCAUAACAACAAAGCACAGGAUAAGAUGUACGGGGCAACUUUUUUGUUCGGCAUAUCCACCUCGUAUCAACGAAUCAUUGACAAGGAUUGGGCUGUGCUUCGAGCGUGGAAAAGAUGGUUGACCAAGAGUGAUGGGACCAGCAAUGGUGCAGGCUUAGUACUCAUGCUUGACAAUGCGACUGAGAAGCAGCUCAACGAUAUAGACAAGGCGCUGCACGACGCAGGUAUUGACGCUUAUGCCACGGCGACUGCUGAGCCGACAUCAAAAACUAGAAGGUACUACGAAUUGAUUCGGGUUAUGAAAACAUAUGGCGCUACCCUGGCUGCAAGUGGCCAAGAGAAGCGCUGGUUUGGCGUCGUCGAAGAUACCAUCUUUUUCCCGAAUUUACAUUAUCUACAAGAACGGUUAUCGACCUAUGAUACCAGCGAGCAGCUGUAUAUUGGCAUCCCCAGCGAAAAACAGGACUGGCAGCAGGAAGGCAAAUCCGUGACCACAAACGGCGGAGGAGCCAUCUUCUUAACCAGACAAGCCGUGAGUCUUAUUCCCAAGCUGCCUUGCAUGGAGACGGAUGCAUCCGCUGGACCGCCGUUCCGAGCGCAAAAAUGGGAUGUAGUGUUGAAGCAUUGCGUUAAGAGGUGGGCGGGCAUGGACAUGCAUGUCAUUCCGGCAUUCUACUCUCCCCAUGACAGCAACUACAAGCCUCAUCUUGAGAGCCAUGAAACCGGCAGUCGCCCCCUUUUACUGCACGACUACCAAGACCGACAUCGACUGGAUGUUGGCAUGGCGCAUUUGGUGACUGAUGUAUGCGGAGAGGCCUGCUUCAUGCACCAGUAUCUCUUUCAUGACAAUUGGGUUGUCAUCAACGGUGUAUCAAUCAGCCACCACCCAGAUGGCCUCAAUCGCUAUCAUCGGCAUGAAGGGGAAGACGAAGGAAACGCAUUUGGAAACGCCGAACAUACUCCAGUCUCGGGACAGAUCGUCAUGAAUGAAGACAAGGUCGAAAGAAGACCGCUAAAUUGGACCGGGAGGAGGGACGUAUGGAAACUGAUCGAUUCGGCAAAGGCUGCCAACGGGUCAAUAUGGCAAGCCUACUUGAAGAAGGGAACGAAACCGGCCAACAAGGGAAACGAAGGGGAUGAAUCAGAAGAGCUUGACUCUGUGAUUGUUUUGAUCUGGGAGAAGAGGAAACACUAA